UAGCAUCAUGCUUGAUGGCAUCACCCCCUACUGAUCCACCUGAUAAGGUUAAAUCAGAAUCUCGCUUUUGGCCUUAUUUCAAGGACUGUAUCGGUGCAAUAGAUGGGACUCAUAUACCGUGCAUGGUGUAUAACAUAGAUCAGACGCCCUAUCGAAAUAGACAUGGUUUUCUCUCUCAGAACGUCUUGGCAGCUUGCACAUUUGAUCUCAAAUUCAUUUAUGUCUUAGCUGGGUGGGAGGGUUCUGCUAAUGAUGCAAGAGUCUUGAAGGAUGCAAUGAGUAGACCUUAUGGACUUCCACUUCCACAGAAUAAAUUUUAUCUAGUUGACUGCGGCUAUCCAAAUAGGCUACAAUUUCUUGCUCCAUACCGAGGUCAAAGGUACCAUCUUUCAGAGUUCGGUCAUGCUAAUAAUCGACAACGACCACGAAAUUCAAAAGAAGUUUUCAACCAUCGGCAUGCGUCACUUAGAAAUUGUGUCGAGCGCAUCUUUGGAGUUUUUAAGUCUAGAUUCACUAUUUUCAAGAGCCAACCUCCAGGUUUUCCAUAUGCCACACAAAUAAAGAUGUUCGUUGCAUGCGUCGGAUUGCAUAACUUUUUAAGAUUGGAGAAUACAAAUGAUGACUUCGAUAUUUAUGAUCUUUCACUAGAAGCUCCACGAAAUAUUGCUGAUGCGGAUGAUGACUCUGAUGAAGAAGAUGAGUUACAGACUCAACAGACUCAACGAGCAGCUGCAGGAGCUUGGAGAAAUUCUAUGGCAGAGGCCAUGUGGGAUGAUGGAAGUCGAGUCACUCUAGGGAUUUAGAUUUUUAUUUAGUUGUAAAAUAUUUUAUUAUUUUAGAUGAAUAGUGAUGUUUUAUUACAUUAUAUUUUAUAGUUAUUACUAGACUAAUC